UCAUUUUCCUAAACUAAUUCUUGAUUCAGCAAAUUUAGGAAAAGAAAUUUAUUUCUUCCCAAAUUAAAACCCUCCAUUUGAUUUCCUUUUUACGAAAUGUGUCUAAAUUCCCCUAAACCACGCGCUUAUGUCCCAAACAAAAAGAAUUAGAAGAAGAUGGGCAUGCCACAAACCCAAGAGCAGCAAUCUGGCAGUAACCCUGAAUCAAUUCAACCGUAAUUCCAAAGAGCUUCGGAGACGACAGAUUUCGAAGAGGAUGAAGCUUUCUGCGUUGCACCAGAGCUACAUCAACCGUCGAACCAACAGCUUCAGAUCAUCUGGGCCAUUGGAUUCGUCUUCCGACAGUGCCAUUAAAUCCCCUGCCGCCAUUUUCUGGCUUGUCUUCCAUGGUCUUUGUUGUUUAAUCAGCUUGCUCCUCGGCUACCGCUUUUCUCGCUUGGUCUUCUUCUUUUUGUUCUCCACUUCUUCUACUAACUUCUAUACGUCGCCGUUCCGAUCCACUGCCGAGCUCGUCAAAACCCUCGAUGUCCACUCCGUUCUCUCCAACAACCCCGUCGCCAACCUUGACUUGCCUUUGCUUAACAAGACGGUCACCAAUUCGAGGGUCGUCGUGGGGCGCCACGGGAUCCGGAUCAGGCCGUGGCCGCAUCCGGACCCGGUUGAGGUCAUGAAGGCGCACCGGAUCAUAGAAAUAGUUCAAAAGGAGCAGAGGUCACAAUUCGGCGUCAAGAAUCCCAGGACGGUUAUCGUGGUCACUCCGACGUAUGUACGCACUUUCCAAGCGCUGCAUUUGACCGGUGUGAUGCACUCGCUAAUGCUGGUUCCCUACGAUCUGGUUUGGAUCGUGGUGGAAGCUGGUGGCGUCAGCAACGAAACGGCGUCGCUUAUUGCGAAAUCGGGUUUGAAAACUAUCCACGUCGGAUUCAAUCAACGGAUGCCGAAUUCCUGGGAAGAACGACAUAAAUUAGAGUCCAAGAUGCGCCUUCGUGCUCUAAGAAUUAUUAGAGAGAAGAAAUUGGAUGGAAUUGUUAUGUUUGCCGAUGAUAGCAAUAUGCAUAGUAUGGAACUUUUUGAUGAGAUCCAAAAUGUGAAAUGGUUCGGGGCUGUUUCAGUUGGAAUACUUACUCAUUCGGUUAAUACUGAUGAGAUGGCGGGUCGGAAAAAGGAUGAAGAGGAGAAUCCUAGAAUGCCUGUUCAAGGCCCUGCUUGUAACGCCUCCGAUAUGUUGGCAGGAUGGCAUACUUUUAAUACAUUGCCAUUUGCUGGGAAAAGUGCGGUUUAUAUCGAUGAUCGGGCAACUGUGCUGCCCAGGAAGUUGGAGUGGUCAGGGUUUGUUUUGAAUACUAGGUUGCUUUGGAAAGAUAGCAGUGAUAAGCCGAAAUGGAUUAAGGAUAUUGAUAUGUUGAAUGGUGAUAUUGAGAGUCCCCUGGGUUUGGUUAAUGACCCUUCGGUGGUGGAGCCACUUGGAAACUGCGGUCGUCAGGUUUUGCUCUGGUGGAUUCGAGUUGAAGCUCGUGCUGAUAGCAAAUUUCCUCCCAGAUGGAUAAUUGACCCACCUCUGGAGAUCACAGUCCCAUCAAAACGCACUCCAUGGCCAGAUGCUCCCCCGGAACUCCCUGCUAAUGAAAAACCAGCAAUGGGCAUUCAAGAUCCAAUAGUGAAGCAUAGCACAAAGAGGACAUCCAGAUCAAAACAUCGAAGUAAAAGAAAGCAUGAACCAAAAACUGACACACAGGUUUCGACAAGGCAUUCUGAACAAAACUAAAAUCUUUACCCCACCACCUAUGGAACUGCUGCACCAUGAGAUUGGACCAAAUAGGGGGCAAAUGUAGAUGGUGUUACCAGUAAAUAUGGAGAAGCACCUCUCACAACAAUCCAGUUUUUACGUGCAAUUCAGUUCGAGUUUGUCCAGAGUUUCAAAUAUUUUUAAAAUUUCUUUCUAUUCUUUUUACUUUUAUGGUUUUUUGGGUCUUUAGUUUGUUGGGGGUGAUCAAUAUUGUGCUUCAUUGAGGAGGAAGGUCAGCUAAGCCUUUCUCUCUGCCCUUGCGAGAUGCUUGUAUACUGAAAUGCUUUUGGGUUACAAAUUUAUACAUAAAAUCUUUUAGUAGGAA